CACAUUGUCAAGCAUCUCUGCAGCACUUCUCCUGGAUUCAAUAUGCAAAUCAAGAACGUCCUUAAUUUGGCCGUCGUCGGCAAUGCCCUCCUGGCCACCGCCCACCCGGGUCACCAUGAGGAGCGUGAGGCCCUUCAGCAGCGCUCCUUCAAGCGCAGUGUGGCCCACGGUCUGCAGAAGUGUGAGGCCAGCCUGGAGGCCAGCGGCCUUCACGCCCGCGCCGAGGCCCGUCGCCGCGCCGUGGUCGAUAUGCACCGCCGUCAGCUGCAGGCCCGUGGCGACACCGCUGAGGUGUUGAACAAAUCGCACCUGUCCACCCGUCCCAUCUCGUCCAGCACCCCCGAGACCGAGGUCUUCAACGACGACAAGAAGAUCUGCCUCCUCGGACCCAGCGCUGAGGGUGAAACCGGACCCUACUGGAUCCCCGGCGAGCACAUCCGCGGUGACAUCCGUGAGAACGAGCCGGGUAUUCCUGUCACCGUCGAGCAGCAAUUCAUUGACGUCGAGACCUGCCAGCCCCUCACUGGCAUCUACACCGAGAUCUGGGGCUGCAACGCCACCGGUGUCUACUCCGGCCUGGUGGCUGAUGGCAACGGUAACUCCAACGACCUGGCCAACUACAACCGCACCUUCCUCCGUGGUGUGCAGCAGACCGAUGAGGAUGGAGUGGUGACCUUCAACACCCUGUUCCCCGGCCACUACGCUGACCGCACCACCCACUACCACAACAUUGUGCACUGGGGCGCCACUCUGCUGCCCAACAACACCCUGGCGGGUGGCUCCAUCCCCCACAUUGGCCAGAUCUUCUGGGACCAGGACAUGAUCAGCAAGGUCGAGUCCACCUACCCUUACAACACCAACUCGAUCCCCAUCACUACCAACGCAGAGGACCGCGUGGUCACCGUGGAGACCGAGAAUGCCGACACCGACCCUUUCCUGAACUACGUCUACCUGGGUGACUCCCUCGAGGACGGUCUGUUCGCCUACCUCACUGUUGCCGUCAACACCUCGGCCAUCCACUACCCCUACUGGACCAACGUGUACACUGCCAGUGGCGGCGAGUCUGUCUGCGGUACCUGCGAUGGUGACCCGGACGCUGUUGACGGUGGUCUCCCC